UUCACAAUAAUGGCAGAUUCGGUCGGACCAGGGAUUGUAGAGUGGUAUGGAGGCGGAGACAGUCCUGGACACCGCUGUGGUUACUGUAAAAGUACCAACACAAAUGUUUCUGAUGGAAUGUGGUCUCGCAUACUGACAGUGCAAGAUUAUCAGGACCUAAUAGACAGAGGCUGGAGAAGGAGUGGGAAGUACUGCUACAAACCCAAAAUGGACACAACAUGCUGUCCCCAUUACACAAUUAAAAUGAAAGCCCUCAAUUUCAAAAUGUCUAAAUCGCAUAAGAAAAUCAUCAAACAGUUCAAUAAAUUCAUCAUCCAUGGGAAGAAAAGAGGGGAGCAUGAAUCAGAAGAGGGUGGCAUGGAGGAAACAGGGGGAGGGAUUUCAAAAGGGGGAGGGACAGAGAAUGAGAAUAAGAAAGAACAAAGUGGCUCUAAAGAUUCUUCAGACAUAGAAAAAGUGAUGGUUACAGAUAAAGGCAAGGAGGAGACGCAGACAAAACAGGAUAAAGCAACACCAAAGCCAGGACUUGGUGCUGAUCCUAACAAACCCAAAUGUAAGAAAGCUAAGGAACUCAGGAAGGAAAGGAAACUGGCCAAACAGAGUGAAAACCCACAACUAGAAAAACAGCCCUCACAAAAAUCACAAAAACAGAAAAACUCAGGGAAGAAAACUCUAGAGGAUCUACUGAAUGAACUAGACCAGGCAGAGAGCUGUGCUCAUAAAUUUGAGAUUCGCCUGGUUAGGUCUGAGCCCCACAGUCCAGAAUUUACACAAUCCUUUGACCAUGCCCACUCAGUUUAUCAUUCCUAUCAAAUGAAAAUUCACAACGACCCUCCUGAAAAACCCAGUGUGGCCCAGUACACCAGAUUUCUGUGUAAUUGUCCACUACAGGAAGAAUAUAAGGAAGGAAGGCUUCCUAUGGGUUAUGGAUCAUUUCAUCAGCAGUAUUGGCUGGACGGUCAGAUUAUAGCUGUGGGGGUCAUUGAUAUCCUCUCAAACUCUGUAUCCUCUGUGUACCUCUACUACCACCCAGACUAUGACUUCCUCAGCCUGGGUACCUACUCUGCUCUCAGGGAGAUUGCAUUUGUUCAUGAGUUGAACAAGAAAGACCCAGAUUUUGCUUACUACUACAUGGGAUACUACAUCCACUCCUGUCCUAAGACGAGAUACAAGGUACAGUAUUAUCCGUCCUAUUUACUCUGUCCUGAAGUUUAUUCCUGGCACCUUAUUGAGGAGUGUGUCCCCAAACUGGAUAAAAACAGGUACUCUAGGUUUGCUGACCCUGAUAAAGAGGAUGAAGAAGGGAAGGUGGAUCUAGAUAAAGUGAUGAUUCUACACAGGAGAAUGGCAAUGACAUAUGAACAGUAUAAAUUACUCAACCCUAAGAAGCAGACCUCCCAUGACAAAGUCGUGAGGAAAUAUUCCAGCGUUGUGGGGCGUAGUUGUGCCACAAGAAUGUUACUCUACAGAGAUUAGGGUUCACAGGAUUGAAAUUACUUGCUACAUGUAUUUGUAGUUUUAAGAUUUAUGCCUCAUUCAUUUACAUUGUCCAUUUUUUUACUAUAUGUAUUAUAUGAUAGAAUGCUGCAUUGUUUUGUCACCCUGAACAAAGUCGAGUGACAUAUUUUUAUAGCUUAAUCUAUAUUUUUGUCCUGGAAGCAUUUUGUUGGAGGUGUCUUGCUCAAUCUUAAUGAAAUUUUUCAGAAAUAAUGAUGAACAACUCUAGCUGUGCAUUAAAGAUUUAAAUUUUUCAAAAUGCCCACCAUUGCCAUGGAAACAAAAAAAGUGACAAAUUUUGUCUGAGAAUGUUCUUGCAGAUGUCUGAGAGAAUCUGAAUGAAACUUCACAAAAAUGAUGUGUCAUUUACACACGAAAGGUUCUUUUCAAAAUGGCCACCAUUUCCAUGGAAACAGACAAAAAUAUGCAUUUUUUUUUUUUUUUAAAAUUCAUUUUUCUUAGUAAAUGUUCAGCCAAACUUUUUGAAACUUUAAGGACUGUUCAUUGCAUUCUUUCAGAGCAAUUUGUAACAAAAUAAUGGAAUUGGAUGCACAAAAUUUGUUGCCAUGUAAUGGAAAGAAAUGAGUUUUAACGAUGUACAACACACUGGGGGAGAUAAAUCUUGCAAUUUCAAUUAAACGUUUAACUUGACGUCAAAUUGACGACCGAAUUGAUCCCGACAUAAUUAAAAGAAAAUGGGAUU